AAAAAAAGAUAAUUUUUGCAAUGUGUAAGCAUGUACGGAUAUAUAGUUCGAAGUAUUAAAAAUUAGCAAUGAAAGUUAUCUUAACAUCAAAUUUCAUUAAAUUGAAAUAAUAAUGUGUGAUAUAUAUAUAUAUAUAUAAAAUAAUAGUGCACAAAGGCAAAUUUUUGGUUGUAGGUUUGACGGGUUCAAGUAAAAUCGAGCAACUCCUCGAUCGACUAGCGCGAUAAGAACUGAGCAUGCGUACAGUUAUCUCACUAUCGGCAUAAGAAAAAUUAAGAACCCGAUUUAAAUGUUAUCAAACGAAGAUUAAAUACAUGGAUGGUAUUUAAAAAAUAUAAAAAAGAAAAAAGUGAAGGGAUAAAAAAAUGACAACUACGCUCCUGGUCAUGACGCGGUCAGUGAUGCCGUAGCCAAGGCGACCGCAGCAGCAGACAACCGAAACUCCAACCAUCAGACAACAAAUAUACAAAUUUCUUCGGAGUGUAUCACUCCGAUUUUUUCUCCUCUUUGGUGCCUUCACCGUCUGUGCAGUUCUGUGGAGCGACAGGUACGGUUCUCUUCCUCGAAAAAAAAUCAUCUUGAGCACGCAAUAGAAUACGUUCGGUCGCGCAAGUGCGUCCGGGCGUUGUGAUUGAAAGUUCACGCCAUUCAUGAAGACAGGGAGGCUGUGGUGGUGGUGAUACGGUGGGUGCAGAGGGAGGUGUAGUAUCAAUUACCAUGACUACAACAGGAGCUCAGUAUGCUCUCACAGCAUCCACCGGAGCUAAUGGCAGUGGGGGUAGCUCUUCUACGGUGGGGGUGGAGCAAAAACCAAGUGUUGUUGUCGUGACUACUUCCAGUUCCAGUGGUGGUGCUAACGUAGCCCAAACUCAGUCUACCAGAGGACAACAGCUAAUUACCGUUGUUACCAGUCCUGAUCCGUCAAGCCCGAGUAAUUUACAACCCAUUCAGUUGUUGGUUCAGGAUCCUCUCGAAACAGCUGCAGAUUCUUCCAAUGGCUCAACAGGUACCCCAGCACAUGUUACAGCACAAGUAGUGGUAAAUACUACCCAUUCUGGUCAGCAUACAUUUGUUGAUAGUGACGCUGCAUCUACAUCUACUGGCGCUAUUGUUAGUGGUUCUCCUCACUACAUAACUGUUACAGACACCAGUGAUUCACCAUCCUACGCAUCCCUCACAACAACAGUAGUAUCUGGAGAACCAGAAGCGGUGGGGUCCGAAUCAGUGUCCCAUCCAACCUAUGUUCAAUAUGUUGAGGGGGAUGGUUCUACGUACAUACCGACAAAUAGUCAGAUGACAUAUCCAGUAUAUGCUGUUGGAGAGGCUGGUGCAAUGUAUACGCCUGCCUCAAGUCAAUAUUAUACUCCAGCCUCAACACCAGUAACAUAUGCACAGGUCACAGCACAAGGAUCAAAUACUACUACUGGACAAUUAUUAUCUCAGGGCAAUGGCACUUACUUAAUCCAGCAAAGCGUUGUAGAUGGUGAUCCAACAACACAUACACUCAUAUCUGCUGCAGCUGCUGCUGCUCGAGCUAGUCCACAAACUGAAAAUGCGGAGGCUGUGGUUAGCGGGGGUGGCGGGGCAUACUUGAUCACUGGUAAUUCAGGAAGUGCUGCUGUUACCGUGGAAGAAGCAGCAGCUGCAGCAGCAAAUAUGACGCAUGCCACUAGGGUCUCCCAAGCCACAGUACAUUGGCUGGUGGGGAAUUAUGAAACCGCAGAUGGUGUCUCUCUUCCAAGAUCUACACUUUAUAAUCAUUACUUACGCCAUUGUUCAGAAAACAAACUAGAUCCAGUAAAUGCUGCGAGUUUUGGAAAACUAAUAAGGUCCGUCUUCUUGGGCUUAAGAACAAGACGGUUAGGUACACGAGGGAAUUCUAAAUAUCACUACUAUGGAAUCCGAGUUAAACCCAGUUCUCCUUUGGUUAUGUUAAAUGAAGAUGGUACAUCACGUCAGCAACAAACUACGAAUUCUCAAACUAAACGAUUUAAAUUUGUCAAUCAGAAGCCAGAUCAAGCAUAUGAAAGCAAUGCACAUUCAAAUACAAAUAUUUCUUCAAAUACCUCUUCACCGCAAUAUCAUCAAUAUCUUGGCGAAGCAAGUGGUGCAAUACCUGAAUUUCCAGAAAUACUUGUUGGACAUGGUUCCUCUUUACCCGAAGACUGUACAUUGGAAGAUAUAGAUACCUUUCGUAGCAUAUAUAGAGAACAUUGUGAGGCAUUUUUAGAUGCUGUCCUAGGUUUCGAAUUUCCAACUGUUGAAAGUCUUUGGAGAGAAUUUUGGCGUAGUCAAAAUAAUAAUAAUGGAGAUGAAUGUGAAGAAGAAAAAUAUUUAUCAAAGACCAAAUUAUAUCAAAUGUGUAAGUGCUCUGAAGUCCAAGAUUUUAUCAGGAAAGUAGAUUAUACGUUUUAUCAAAACUUAGUGGAAGUACUAAUGCCAAAUGUACUAAGACCAAUACCAAGUACUCUAACACAAUCUAUUCGAAAUUUUGCAAAAGGAUUAGAAUCAUGGUUAAUUUCCGCCAUGGCUGAUUGUCCCGAAGAAAUGACUCAAAUUAAGUUAACAGCCGUCUCUGCUUUUGCUCAAACAUUAAGGCGAUAUACGUCAUUGAACCAUCUCGCUCAAGCUGCACGAGCAGUACUUCAAAAUUCUAAUCAAAUAAAUCAAAUGUUAGCAGAUCUUAAUCGAGUUGAUUUUCAUAAUGUACAGGAACAGGCAUCUUGGGUAUGUCAAUGUGAUUAUGGUAUGGUGCAACGUUUAGAGGCAGAUUUUAAAGUGACAUUACAGCAACAAAAUUCAUUAGAAGAUUGGGCAAUAUGGUUAAAAAGUGUUGUAACGCAAGUACUCAAACCUUUUGAAGAAAAACCUACUUUUGCCAAAGCUGCCCGCCAGUUUCUACUCAAAUGGUCUUUCUAUAGCUCAAUGGUUAUUCGUGACCUUACUCUUAGAAGUGCUGCCAGCUUUGGUUCUUUUCAUCUUAUUAGAUUGUUAUAUGAUGAAUAUAUGUUUUAUUUAAUUGAACAUCAAGUUGCUAUAGCUACUGGAACAACACCUAUUGCGGUAAUGGGUGAUAAAAGUCAAAAUUGUCCAAUAAUUAAUAAUUUUGGUGCAACCUCUAAUGGCGAUACAUCUAAUACAAAUCAACCUAAACGUAUUAAGUUGAGCUAACUGCGUGCCUACGCUCUUAAAUUCGUGAGUAAAAAGAUAGAAGAUAAAAAGAGAUUAUACUUGAAAUUAUGGCGUACAAUUGAAUUUACAAUAGACGUCAUAAUCUUAUAAUCACAUCAAAGGUGAAGAUUUUGAAAUAUUUAGCACGAAAGCAUGCAGGCCUAUUAAGACAUACUAGUCCCGCGAAUUAUUUUAUAUAAAAAUAAAUCAUAAUUUACCAGAAUGUCAGACAACUAAGAUUUUUGCAUAAUAUUCAUAUUGUAUACAAUUCAAGUAAAUUUAUUAACGAUAAGUGAUAUAGAAAUAUGUAAAGAAGUAAGAAACAAAAUCUUGUCUUAUAUGAUUAUAGUGACAAGUUUAACUUAUUAUUUAAAAACAAAAAUGUUUAGUUUAUUAAUUUACAAAAUCUAGUCGA